UCUCCCGGCGUGAGCUUUUGCGCUAACCUCUCCAUCUCUCUCUCUCUACUGUGUUUUUUUGAGGUUUUUAUUCUCAAAAAGUCCGAAGAAAUAUCAACUAGACAAUCGUUAAUAAUAUUCCUAAUUAUCUCUCUCCCUUUCUCUCUCUCUAUAUAUUUUGUAUGAGUUUAUAUGUAAUCGCCAUAUAUUCAAUUCUAUUCUCUCGUAUCUCAAAGUGCAAGCAAAUGCCUACUACAGUUCACUGCCAUAUAUCCGAUUCGCACCACCACCUCUCCGCCGCUGUCGCGGCGGCGACGACGGCGGUGAGGAUACAGAAGCAGCCGCCGUUGCCGACGUGGACGGUGGUGGUCCCAGACAGCUUGCUGCAGUACCACGUCCACGCGGUGGGGCCCAACCAGUGCUGCUCCGCGGUGGUGCAGGAGGUGUCCGCCCCGCUGGACGCCGUGUGGGCCCUGGUCCGCCGCUUCGACAACCCGCAGGCCUACAAGCAUUUCCUGAAGAGCUGCCACGUCAUCGUGGGCGACGGCAGCAGCGUGGGCACGCUCCGCGAGGUGCGCGUGGUGUCCGGCGUCCCGGCCGUCUCCAGCACCGAGCGCCUCGAUAUCCUCGACGACGAGCGACACGUGUUCGGCUUCAGCGUCGUCGGCGGCGACCACCGCCUCCGCAACUACCGCUCCGUCACCACUCUCCACCACCGCGCCGCCGCAGAUUCCGAACACCACAAGACGGUCGUCGUGGAAUCCUUCGUCGUCGACGUCCCGCCGGGGAAUACUAAGGAAGAGACGUGCGUCUUCGUUGACACCAUCGUGCGGUGCAAUCUCCAGUCGUUAGCGCAAAUCGCGGAAAGCUCCGGCAAGAAUAAUCAAAACAUCGUCAAAUCUUCUUGUAAUUAAUUCAUAAGUAAAUUAAUCAUAUGAACAAUGUAAACAUGGUUUCAUUUUAACUACUUUUCCGUUUCCAUUUUUUAUCUUGACGAUGAUCCGCACACUUUUUGUUCUAAAUUCCUUUGUUAUUAGCAUCUGUACUAGAUCUUCAACUGCAAGAACUGAGGUACAAUUAGUGUUGUAAAUCGCUAGAUGUAAAUUAAUAUUAAUGUCUUUAUUAUUAUUUUUUUGUUACAAA